AUGUCUGCCUAUGACCCAUUUAGUGUUCACAAUGGAGGUACUCAUGUCUUCAAUGGAACAGAAACCAUCAGUCGUAUGGUUGUUGAUGGAAAUUACAUAGAUGGAUCGUGGGAAUUAUCUGUUUAUGUAGAAGACUUGGCUUCGAAUGUUUCUGUACGCGUAUUAGGUGAUCUGCCCCUAGGUGGCUUGAUGCACAAGAUUGUUGAAAAAGCCAAAUUGCAACAAAGUUGGUCCGAUCAUGCCAUAUGGUGGAUCGAUAGAAAUAUCUGGCUUCUGCACAGUCGAACAAACUCUCGAUCAAUAUGGGAUCCAAUCGGAUGCAAAGUUAAUGUUCCGUCGUAUGCACAAUGA